AUGUUCCCUACAGCACAUUACACGUUAAAGAGUCUAGACAUUGAAUAUUUCCACAGAAAGAGACUCCACAACCUCUCUGAGGAGCUUGUUCCCGUUCUCACUCACCCACAGGGUAAUAUUUUCUCAUGUUCAGGUGGAACCGCUUCCGCCCGUUCGACCACGUCCACCCCGCUGCAAUACCGCCCCGCCGCGCGGCAUUGGUCAUACGUCAUCACGGCGCGCCGUUCGGCCAGCGGCGGAGAGGCGGGCGGAGCGGUGGGAGGGAGCGUCCUCGCCAUGUUCGCGGAGAGGCGCUCGGGCCGAGGCAGUGAGGGCAUCGAAUUGUCAGCAGAGGUCAAACCAUUUGUUCCAAAAUAUGCAGCGGUAACUGUGGCCUGGUCAGAACCCUCAGCAGCAUGUGUCUUUCCUAGGUACUUAACUACAGGCUACACAUUUGUUCAGGAACCAUCUUUGGAUAACAUUGUGGGAGAUCCUGCAUUACACGAAUACUCCAGCAGCUCUUGCUCACCUGAUGUUGUUUCAAAUACAAAUCGAGUAGCUGGCUCACAGUAUCGUUCUAAUGGGUCAACAUACUGUAAUGAUUCUGGAAUAGUCAGUGAAUCUGCUGAACAAAAGUGUCCAAUCAGACAAGAAAGUAAGAAUCUUUCAAAGCAGAGGAAGGCAAAAGAGGAUGAGAAAAAAGCAGACAAGAAAAAGAAAGAUGGAGAGGACUCUUCCGGCAGAAUUGUGAAAAGGACUGCAUGCCAGACUUCUGCAGGCAGCAGAGAUUCCGUGAAGCCAGACAGGUUCAAUAAAACUGCAAGCAAGAAGUCAACUCAAACUCCAAAAAUAGAGUCUUUUCCUGUGCCUGCAUUUGAAACUGAUAUUUUGGAUUUCCACAAGUUACAGAGGUUGGGAAGCAGUGAGAUAUUGAAUAUGCAUCAUAAAAAUGGACCAGCAUGUUCAGUGGAAAGUAACAUUAUGUGCCUUAGUCAACCACAGAUGUCUCCUUUGUUGAACACAGAGGAAGAUGUUUCUGCAGAAAGCAAAGCUUCAUCAAAAACUUCAAAAGAAACAGUAGCAAGCUCAAUUCCCUCUUCAUUUGAUGGUAGAGUAUUUCCUGAAACAUCUACAGAUGGCUCUUCUCAGCCACAUGUUUCUUGGGCCAUGGUACUUUCACAGCCCCCAAAGAAAAGUGUAUCAUCAGCAGCAUGUGAGAAGCAGGAUAGUCAAGCAAAGGAAGAAAUAAAAUAUGAUGGCAGUGAAACUGAGCCUGAAGAAGGGUCAGAAAAGAAGAAGAAAAAAAAGAAAAAGAAAAAUAAGACUCCUACUAAAGUAGAGAAACCUCAGAAUGAAUCUGCUACAGUACAGGAACCACCAAGGAUUCAGGAUGCUGAAGAGUUUCCUGAUCUGGCAGCUGCUUCUGGUAGGAGAAACAGAUUAGGAUCUCCGAAAACAUCAUGUACUCUUGCUGUAAGAAAGCAGGCUGAAAUCCAUCUCCCCAAAGAGUCUUGCAACAGUUGUUCUUCCGCAAUUGAUAGAGCUCUCAAGGUGGAUGUGUUAUCAGGGAAGCAAGCUUCAUCUUUUAUGUUAGAAAAGAAGAAAAGGCAGGAAACACCCAAGAGCAGUGGUAAGAAGAGUCAAAUUCCUGUGCAGUUGGAUUUGGGUGGCAUGUUGGCAGUCUUGGAGCAGAAACAGCAAACAGAGAAGUCAAAACAAACUUCUAAACCUGUGGUGUUUUCAGUUGGUGGUGCCGUACCAUUGCUUUCUAAGGAAUCUGCUACAGCCACAAAAAAUCACCGGUUAAACCAAGGAAAGGUGCCUCAUAACCCUUUGGAUUCCAGUGCUCCUUUGGUGAAGAAAGGGAAGCAGAGAGAAGUCCCUAGAGCAAAGAGACCAACACCUCUUAAAAAGAUCAUUUUGAAAGAAAGAGAACUGCGAAAACAGCAACACCUGUUAGAACAGACAGCAGUACCAACAGAUGGAGGUAAUUCUUGUGUGUCUGCAGAAAAUACUACUGAAGAUGAAAUGCUUCCACAGGAUAGUCAAGCAGUUGUUCCUGUAAUGCAAGUUGCUGAAGGGUUGCUGGAGAGCACAGGCAUCAAGGAGUCUACAGAAAGCUCUAUGACCUCAAAGCAGUCAACCUCUAAUCUUCCAAAAAUCCAUAGUAGAAGAUUUAGAGAUUAUUGCAGCCAAGUUCUUAGUAAAGAAGUUGACGGUUGUGUGACAGAUCUCUUAAAAGAACUGGUUCGGUUCCAAGAUCGUUUGUAUCAGAAAGACCCAGUAAAGGCGAAGAUAAAACGCAGGCUUGUUAUGGGGCUUAGAGAAGUUAUGAAACAUCUGAGGCUGAAAAAACUGAAGUGUGUCAUCAUCUCUCCUAACUGUGAAAAGAUUCAGUCAAAGGGUGGAUUGGAUGAGACUCUGCAUAACAUUAUUGACUGUGCCUGUGAGCAGAAUAUACCAUUUGUUUUCGCCCUUAAUCGCAAGGCCUUAGGCCGCUGUGUGAACAAAGCAGUGCCUGUGAGUGUAGUGGGAAUUUUUAGCUAUGAUGGAGCUCAGGACCAUUUUCAUAGAAUGGUACAACUGACAACAGAGGCCAGGAAGGCCUACAAAGAUAUGGUAGCAGCUUUAGAGGAAGAAGCUGAAGGAAGACAAACUGGAACUGAACUCAGCAUCGUAACCACUGAAUUUGAAAAAAGUUGCUUAUCAGAAACUGGUAAAACUUCUUCCAAGGACUCUGAUGAGGAUGUACCAAAUUACAUUAAAAUCUGGAAGAAAAAGCUUGAAGAAGAAUAUAACCCCUAUGUGCUGGAACUGGAAAAGAGUGCAACUGCUGACAUGGUGGUUCUGAAUUCAGAAGAGCAUCGCUAAAUGCAGAUCCUACUCUGCUGGGCUUUCAAGGUUUAUUUUGUAAUAGAUUUACAAAUAUUUUAUCUAAAAUUAAAUAUCCAGGUAAGAGAAUGGCAUAGCAAGAUAAAAUAAUCUAAGAAAUGUUUAUUUUAAGUAAGUCAGAUAAGUAAGUUGUUCUGAAUCCCCUUACUGAAAAUGCACACUGGAGUAUAUUGAGGCACUGGCUAAUUCUUCUGAGUUCUGUGUACUUGGUUGAUUACUAUAGCAGGUGAUAACAGCAAACAAAUUGUUUUAACCCAGAACAACCUGAACAAGCUUGGCAUAUCAGUAAUGGUUUAAUGGGCUUUUAAUUUGUUAACAGUGCAGUAUACCAAAAGAAUUUGUUAGCAAGAUGGUCUGGGGAGAGAUUCCACAUGCUGGAUGUUUGGAGCUUUGGGGAUUUGUUUUCUAUUUUUAAUUCUUGUUUAAAGAAUCAAGUUUUUUUUGUUUUUGUUUUGUUUUCCAUAAUCCUGCUCAGGUGGGCAGGUUGGUGAGUCAAUUUAUACCCCUCAGCAGGAGGUGAAUUCUAGGCAGGCAGCUAGUUGGAAACUAAUUAAGGAAGGCCAUGAUGUUCAAGAUUCCCAGUUAGUUCUUCCUCUGUGAUGAUUUGUUGUUCUGGGAAGUGAAAAGACCCUGUUUGGCAAGUUGAUAAUCUGAACAAUUAUGAUGUUUUUGCUCUCUGAUGCUUCUGCUGUCAGUUCACUACAGAUCCUGCUUUCAAGCUGGUGGACAUAAGAUGGACAAGCCUGCUUUCCUAUCUGUACCUUUCCAUGCUGACAGAUUCCUCAUUCCUUCACUUCAGGGUUAUGUCAAUGUAUAUAUGCAAGAGUUUUUAAGUCAAUUUCAGUUUGUAUCUAAGGUAGGGAAAAUUUUAUCAUAUACAUUAAAUGCAUUUUGAAAACUAAAUGUGCUCAUAAUGGUAUGGUUGAGCAUUGUAGUGGGAAUGUAGCUAUAAACACCUGUUUACAGCUCACAGAUAGAAGAGGAAAAGCCUAAGAAAGUCAUUGGAGGAGGCGCGUGUAACUGAUCAGCUGUUCUGAAAAAAAAGAUACAGAUGCCAUGUGCUGCAGCCAACAUCUCUGAAAUGCGUUUAUAAAUGUUGGAACACAUUUAACAGCUGUAUUGCAAUACCUUGGAAAGCAGCUGCCUCAUGAAGUCAUACCUGAUAUAGAAAUCUUUAAAUUAUUCUUACGUGACACUGUACCUGCUUGAAAACCUUUAAGAUAAAAGAGAAAAAUUAUUUCAGACUUCUGUUUAUUGGAUGCAGAAGGCCAAAUCUCUGAACAGCACUAUAAUAAAACUGUGAAAUAAGUAGGUCCACACAUUUUCAAGCUGCAGUUGUCCAUAAGUGAACUCAACAUAAAUGUGGUCUUAAAAUUCACUCCCUGUGUAAGUGUUUAAAGCUACUGUAGUUAACUCAGUAUAGAAGAAUUUACAGUAACUGAGAAUUUUAACUUAAGUGUUUUGUAAGCAAUCUGUAUCUUAAGCAUUAGUCAAAAAUUUUUUAUUUGGUAAUAAAGCUUCUGCAACAAAGGGCAUGUGUUUGAAUAAAUGAACUUGCUUAUACCAGAACGGACUGUUCUUCAGAAUACUAGAAACAGAGUCCAAGGGUAAAUGCUUGAAAGGAAUGGAAGAGUGGAAGUGCCUUUUAAAUAAAGUUAUUCAAAUCUUA